UCUCAUUUCCAUUGUUUUUCAUCAAUUGCUAAAGAACUACUUUUCUGUUUCUUCUUUUUUUUUCUGUUUCUUUCCUUAUUCCCCAACUACCCAUAAAAAGAAAAAAAAAUGGGUUGUGGGGAAUCAAAACAAGCUGUUGCCACAGAGAACACUCUCACCAAGAGCAAGAAGAAAAGCAAUAACCCAGAAAAAUAUAAUCCUCCAGUUGACAAUGACAAGCUCAACAACAACGAAACAAAUUGUGUGAAGAAUAACGACAGUGCCCACGAAAAUGUGAAGGAAAAUGAAAAAUUAGAGGAGAAUAACGAAAAAUGCAAUGAAGAGAAGAAAACGUUGGAAAGUGAAAAGGAAAUCGAGAAAAAAGCUGAUGAGUCAGUUUUGGAGGGAAAAAACAAAAAUGAUGAAGAGGAAUUAACAGUUGAAGGAGGUGAAAAAGAAAAUGUGGCCGAGAAGAAUGAUGAUCAUCAUGGGACAAUUGAGCCCAUAGUCACGGCCGAGGACAUUUCACCUCACGAAAAAGAGGUGUUGAAAGUGAAUGAAGAUAACGCGGACGAACCUAAAUCUUCUGGGGAGGACAAAACUUCUGCAGAUAAAAAUGAUACUGCAAUUGUUGCAUCACCGUCUGAUGUGAAGGCAAAUUGAAGGAAAAGCUACAAAUUGUAGAAGUUGUUUCCAAUUUCUUGUUUGUUUGUCAGAGUCAAUGUUAUCGAUCAUUCAUUUGUUUGUUGAUUACUUGACACAAUCAAUUUGCUUCAUUUGUAUCAUUGUAUGACAACAUCAAACAAGUACUAUUGAUCGUCACCAUACCUUUGAAUUGCUUUAUCAAUU